AAUUCACACGGGAAGUGACAGACACACAGAUGCCACUUGUUGCUCCUGUUAUUCUUCCAGAGAUGUACAAAAUUUUCACAAUGGCAGAGGUGUACGGCAUUCGCACGAGGUCACGUGCAGUGGAGAUAUUCACCACGUGUGCACAUAUGAUCUGUAACAUGGAGGAACUGGAAAAGGGUGCAGCCAAAGUCCUGAUUUUUCCCAUGGUGCAGCAGUUCACAGAGGCCUUUGUUCAGGCCCUGCAGAUGCCCGAUGGACCUACAUCAGACAGUGGCUUUAAGAUGGAAGUGUUAAAGGCUGUGACAGCACUGGUGAAGAACUACCCGAAGCACAUGGUGUCCUCCAUGCAGCAGAUCCUGCCCAUUGUCUGGAACACCCUCACGGAAAGUGCUGCCUUUUAUGUGAGAACAGAAGUAAAUUACACAGAAGAGGUGGAGGACCCUGUGGAUUCUGAUGGUGAAGUAUUGGGCUUUGAAAAUCUCGUGUUCAGCAUAUUUGAGUUUGUUCAUGCCUUGCUGGAAAACAACAAAUUUAAGAGCACAGUGAAGAAGGCUUUGCCAGAGCUGAUCUAUUACAUCCUCCUGUACAUGCAGAUCACAGAGGAGCAGAUAAAAGUCUGGACUGCAAAUCCACAGCAGUUUGUGGAGGAUGAAGAUGAUGACACUUUUUCCUAUACAGUGAGGAUUGCUGCACAGGACCUUUUGCUGGCUGUGGCUGCUGAUUUCCAGAAUGAGAGUGCAAGUGCUUUGGCUGCAGCAGCUACAAGACAUUUACAAGAAGCUGAGCAGGCUAAAAACAACGGUGCUGAGCACUGGUGGAAAAUACAUGAAGCCUGCAUGCUGGCCCUGGGCUCUGUGAAGUCUAUUAUUACAGACAGUGUGAAGAAUGGCAGGAUACAUUUUGAUAUGCAUGGCUUCCUGACAAACGUUGUCCUUGCAGACCUCAACCUCUCAGUGUCCCCUUUUCUCCUGGGCCGUGCUCUGUGGGCCGCCAGCCGUUUUACAGUGGCAAUGUCUCCAGAGCUAAUCCAGCAGUUCCUGCAAGCUACUGUCAGUGGUCUGCACGAAACCCAGCCUCCCUCUGUCCGAAUCUCUGCAGUCAGAGCUAUCUGGGGCUACUGUGACCAGCUGAAGAUCUCAGAGAGCACCCACGUGUUGCAGCCUUUCCUUCCUAGCAUUCUGGAUGGACUGAUCCACUUGGCAACCCAGUUCAGCUCAGAGGUGCUGAACCUGGUGCUGGAGACGCUGUGCAUCGUCUGCACGGUGGACCCAGCCUUCACAGCCAGUGUGGAGAGCAAGAUCUGCCCCUUCACCAUUGCCAUCUUCCUCAAGUACAGCAACGAUCCAGUUGUUGCUUCUCUUGCCCAAGAUAUCUUUAAGGAGCUAGCUCAGAUAGAAGCCUGCCAGGGUCCAAUGCAGAUGAGGCUAAUACCAACUCUUGUCAGCAUCAUGCAAGCCCCUGCUGACAAGAUCCCAGCAGGGCUGUGUGCAACCUCCAUUGAUAUCCUGACCACAGUGGUGAGGAAUACAAAACCUCCUCUGUCCCAGCUCCUCAUCUGCCAAGCCUUCCCUGCAGUGGCUCAGUGCAGCUUGAACACAGAUGACAAUGCUACCAUGCAGAACGGGGGCGAGUGCCUGCGCGCGUACGUCUCGGUGGCGCUGGAGCAGGUGGCGCAGUGGCACGACGAGCAGGGGCACAGCGGGCUCUGGUACGUCAUGCAGGUGGUGAGCCAGCUCCUGGACCCCAGGACCUCGGAAUUCACCGCGGCCUUCGUGGGCAGGCUGGUCUCCACUUUGAUUUCAAAAGCAGGAAGUGAGCUGGGAGAGAACCUGGAUCAGAUCCUCAGGGCUAUCCUGAGUAAGAUGCAGCAGGCGGAGACGCUCAGCGUCAUGCAGUCCUUGAUUAUGGUGUUUGCUCACUUGGUUCACUCCCAACUGGAGCCACUCCUGGAGUUCCUGUGCAGCCUCCCCGGCCCCACGGGGAAGCCUGCGCUGGAGUUCGUGAUGGCCGAGUGGAUGAGCCGCCAGCACCUCUUCUACGGGCAGUACGAGGGCAAAGUCAG